AUGUUGCCACCAGUUCUUAUCAUUUCAAUAACUAUUGUAGCUAUUGAAGUUGUUGUUGGAGUUCUAGGAAAUGGAUUCAUUACAGCUGUUAAUAUCACUAACUGGAUCAAAAGCAAACAAAUUUCUUCUGCCAAUGUGAUCCUGAUCUUUCUGAGUACAUCAAGAUUUAUCUUACAGGUGACCAUACUGAUGCACAUUCAUAGUCUCUACUUUGCAGAUUUGUUCAAGCUGGCUUCUGUGUACAAAGCUUUUGGUGCUAUAUGGAUGUUUGUAAACCAUGCCAGUUUGUGGUUCAGUACCUGGCUCUUUGUGCUGUACUGUGUAAAAAUAAUCAAUGUCACCCAAUGGCUGUUGUUGCAAAUCAAGCUCAGAAUAGCUGGGAUCAUCCCAUGGCUGCUUCUAGGAUCACUGGUGAUGUCUUCUGUGACUUCUCUUCCUUUACUGUGGAUUGCACCCAGCACUUACCUCUGCAGCUCAACGGGGAACUGUAGAGAAAAUAGCACAACACAUGUCACUGACUGGCACAGUUCUCAACUCUACCUGCUUCUUCUUUACAUUAUAGGUUGUUUUUUUCCUCUGGUAUUGUCUGUGAUAACCUCAGCUCUGUUAAUUACUUCUCUAUGGAAACACAGUAAGAAAAUGCAAUGUUAUGUAGAUACUUUCAGGGAUUCUUUGAUAGAUGUUCACCUAACUGCAAUUAAAUCCAUUAUUUCUUUCUUGAUCCUAUAUCUUUCCAGUUUUAUAGCUCAAAUUCUGUUGAUACUGUCGACUUCUCAAAGUAAAGAUGAUGUGAAAGUUGCAGUAUCAUUAGUUGUAGUUGGGGCAUACCCUUCCAUACACUCCAUUAUCCUGAUAUUAGUCAAUUCAAAACUGAUAUUGGCAUUCAGGAUGUUUUGCCAGCAUCUUAAGUGCCAUUUGGAAAACAAGACUCUAUGCCUCCUGUUAUAG